AUGGCGGACUCCUGGAACACGGACACGGGGGAGGCCGUGUACCGGACCCAGGACGCGCUCAAGAACAUACGGAUCCGAGUGCAGAUGGAGAGGCUGACGUCCACAGCCUCGCUGUCCCAGCACCUCCAGCAGCAGCUCCUGUCCCAGCAGCAGGAGAAGACCAGGAAGAAAAAGAGGAAGGGGGACGUAGAGCUCGAAGCCCUCUCCACUCCGCCACAAAAAGGAGACAAUGAAGAAGAGCUGGUGCUUGGCUGGCAAGAAAAACUCUUCAGCCAGAGCGAAUACGAGCUGUAUCAAAACAAACAUUCGUGCCGGACCCUUCUGGAAGACCAGUACCACGCUGAAGUCACCGCUCUGAGCCGCGGCGAGGGCAGACGCAACAUCCGCAUCUUCACCUACACCGACCACGACGACCACACCCACCGACUCCCCUCCAGUCAGACGCCGUGUCCAGAAGACUCUCUGACCACGAGUAAGUCUGGGCCGACGCUCCUGGAGCAGAGGAUGGCCAACGUGAGGCACAGGAGACAGGACCGACAUCUCAUAGACCUGGGCAUUCCAAAGACCAAGCUGAUAAACUGGGAGCCCUCAGAGGAGUGGGUCAGGAGCAGCCACAUGGUGACCAGGGCCAUGCAGAGCAUGCAGAUCAUGGCCGACCUGGGCCCUCCUGGCAGACUGGGGGAGAAGAAGAAUGAAUGUUUGCUCAUGACGAUAAAGACGGAUGGAAGCGGAACUAUCAUCGUCAAACCAGACUUCAACAAAGGGAAAGAGCCGUACAGGAUUGUGACGACAGGAGACAAGAAGGAGGUGUGGAGUCUCCGAGUGGAGAACGUGUCGGUUGCCAUGGUGAAGGACGACCACGACAAGGAGCUGCACAUGUACAGAGACCUCUACGUUCGACACAAAGAAUACCUCAACAGUCUCGUAGGAUCCAACUUUGAGAUGCCUCCUCCUGGAACUCUGCGAUACGUGAUGAACGGAGAGAUCGUGUCGGCCAAAGGCUUCGAAUAUGACAAUCUGUACAUCCAUUUCUUCAUGGAGCUGCCCAACAACUGGUCCAGUUUACCGUUCCAUCCUCUGUCUGGUGUAACACAGACUUGCCGGACCAAAGCAGUCGGGAAAGACGACGUAGCGUUCUUCAGCUUCCCCUUUAACUUUGAGGCUUUCUACAUGAGUGAGAAGGAGAGCGAUGGUAUUCCACAGUGGCCCGUCCUGUACUUCAAAGUCCUGUCUCUGGAUUUCUGGCAGCGCUAUCGGACCGAGGGGUACGGAUACCUGCUCUUUCCUGCUGUACCUGGAAAACACAGAGUGACCUGCGGCACCUGGAGGCCUCUGCAGACGGCCACAGUCUCUGCCCUGAGGAGGUUCUUCAUCGGGGGGUCUCCAGAACUCGAGGAGCCCAGCUACGUGAGGGUCCCUGGCACUUUUAAGGGAGAAAGACUGAGUCGAUUUGGCUUCAGCAGCGAGUCGUCCGGCAGCGUCACCUUCAAUCUGCACUGCAUUCAACAAGCUCACGCCUUCGUUGAUGCCAUCGUGCUGAAGAAGAGGAGGGAGAAGGUGGUGGAGCAGCUGGGAGGGUUCAGUCAACAGGGCGCCGUCUACAACAUUCUCGAGGCUUUUCAAAAAGCCAGGAGGAAGAUGCAAGAAGCCAGAGAGGGUCUUCCCCAAACUCUGAUAAAUGCCACGUCUAAACUGGAAAUGAAUGAAUCCAAUGCUUAA